AUGAUUGACAGACUGAUCGCGUCCAGUACGCAGUUGAGGAUCUCUCAUCAUCUCUGCGACGAUCUGAGCGAGAACCUACAUAUCUUCCCGGACAUAUGCGAACCAUGCAAGCGAAACGGAGUCAUUGCCAGCUGGAUUGAUCAGCAGCCUGGCGGAAAGUUCGAAGUGCUGCGAGCGUGGAAAGAGGAACAUCGACAACCGUCAAACAUCGACGCUUUGGACGAGACGGACAGUGCGGAAAGACUCUCGGUUGUAUCAUUCUCCGACAGCGCAGACAGUUCGACUGCCGAAUCAGCAAGCCCUCCAACAUCGUCGUCCGACCGAAACAUGGCAAUUGGUGUGACUUCAGACGAGAUGGAAAAAUCCGAUCUGACUAUCCUAAAAGCGCGUGUGGCUGGCUUGACAACUCGAACCGACCGACUUCUUGCAAGAAUCCGUGCCCGCAAGGCGAUGGUGUCCAGUCCCUCACCCGACAAAUGA